AUGAGCUCGACGUCGCUCGCCUGGCCGCGGACGGCCAAAUCCUCUCUGCUGCAGAGCGCCGAUUUUUCUUCCACCAGCAAAGGUUAUGACCGACUCGGUCGUCGCGCCAGGGAAAAGUUGUUGGACCGGGAAUUUUUUCUCAGCCUGCUGAAUUCCGCAUCCACCAAGCGUGAGGCCAAAUCGUAUCUAGCUCGACUCAAAGCCCAGCACUCGCCAAAACCACAAGUCAAAGAACCAGAGAAGGAGAGCAAAGACGACGCCCCUCAACCCUUACCGUCUGGCGUCAACCUGGGAUCUUUCUAUGGAGCCUCGCGGUCCGUGUAUGAUAGCCCUGUGUUCCGACAUGACUCAACUCCGACUCCCCACCGAGAAAUCUCGGAAGAGCGACUACACCUUUCUUUGGUCAAGCUCACCACCCCACAGCUUCUCGACGACUAUAUAAUCGAUGGGGUAGCCAAGACGUUGUCGCAACUCAACCGGUUAGGCAUGGCCAGCUGUGUCGUGGUUGAUCCUGGUGCCGGAGAUCACCCAAAUGCGUUGCGGAAAAUCGCCGCUGAACAGGCGGAUCGCCUUUCCAAUGCGAUUGACGCUCUACCAGACUCCAAGUCGGCCCAUUUGGACUCGGUCUUGUCGCUUUCAUCCACCGACCCGGACACCCCGACAGUAAUGUCCCGGAAGGCUCUGCUGAGCCCGAUGCGCGAUGGCCACAUUGUCGUUGUAGCUCCUAUUGCAUACACGGAUGAUGUGAGAGCAGUCGUUGUACCGGCAGACAAUGCCGUUCUUGCACUUACGAAAGAGCUCGCGGGUCUGGCGACUCGACCGGAUCCUGACGAAGACCCCUGGGUCACAGCCCAGAGGAUCGGUGACCUCCAGCGGGAGGUCUCACUCGACCGAGUCAUUCUACUUGACCCCUUAGGGGGUAUCCCUGCGUUCAGCGGACCGCAGACAUCCCAUGUGUUCAUCAACAUGGAGCAGGAAUUCGACGAUAUCGAGCAAGAAUUGCUUCGAGUUCGGGAAUCUGCAGCCUCCAGCAAUCAGCCCUCCGCCAGCUCUCUCCUCGAUGGAGACGCGUCCUCAAUCGCAGAUAGUAAUCCUAUAUCAAAAUUCGUGAACCAUGAUGUCGUUCCUGUUCCUCCUGAGCAGGAAGCUGUGCUUCCGGGCCUAAGGCUCGAAGAGCGUGCUGUUGAUGGUCACCUAGAAAACCUCUCUUUAUCUCAAAAAGUGCUUGCUAUGCUACCCUCGGCCUCCUCUGGUAUCAUUACGUCUCCUUUGGAAGUUGCGAACUCAGCCAUGGCACCCCAGACUACGCCGUCCGGCUUGGCUGUGGGUACGCGACGACAGAGAAACCCUCUCAUUCACAACCUGCUCACCGAUAAGCCAUUGCUUUCCUCGUCUUUGCCGUUGAGCCGGCGAGCAGCGAUCAAUGGCAGACGAGGCUCUCUAACAGCCCCCAGUUCUCACACCACGUUUGUGAAGCGGGGCAUGCCGCUGACGCUCGUCCCGAAUCCUCGAGUCCAGACCUGGACGGCUCAGAACCGGCCACGGAUGAGCUUGGACGACCCAAGCAUUGAUCUUCCGCGGCUGGUUCAUUUGAUUGAGGACUCCUUCAAUCGGAAGCUUGAUGUGCAAGACUACCUCAACCGGAUCCAUGAUCGAUUGGCCGGAUUGAUCAUAGCAGGGGAAUACGAGGGAGGCGCCAUUCUGACGUGGGAGCUCCCUCCAGGCGUCGAAGAUGACGGUAGUCCCGCUAGUGAAGCUCGGAUGGUCCCAUAUCUGGACAAGUUUGCGGUUCUCAAACGCAGCCAAGGAGCUGGAGGCGUGGCUGAUAUCGUAUUCAACGCCAUGGUUCGCAGUUGCUUCCCCAACGGAGUGUGCUGGCGCAGUCGCAAAGACAACCCCGUGAACAAAUGGUACUUUGAGCGAUCAGAGGGGACGUGGAAGCUGGCUGAUACCAACUGGACGAUGUUUUGGACUACUCCGAACCUCCCGGAUGAUUUACAACGGUUCCAGGACUAUGAGGCCGUGUGCCGCAGCAUCCAGCCCAGCUGGGCCGACGACACAGGGGUGGUGGACUAG